CCCAUGGCCUUUAGCAGUAUUUCAGAGCACAAACACCCUCGAGUCUACUGCGUUCAGAGCUGAGUACUGUUGAGCAGAUUUUGGCAGUCAAUUACCCAGCUCUCAUUCAGACAAAGAAGAAAUGAAAAGUCUGCAACUUUUCUCUAUUUUGUUGAUUUCUUGGAUUAUCAUCCCAACAAAUAUACAUGGAGGAAAGAAAAAAGAGGCACUGGGAUCACAGAGUCAGCACUCUAGAACAAAGAAAGAUCAGCAAAGCUUAGAAACCAAAUUUCAACUCUAUACAAACACAACUGGAGGAGCAUGUCAGAUUUUGUUUAAUCAGUUGGAGACUCUUGACAAAUGCAGUUUCAAUGCCUCUCUUCCUCUCGUGAUGAUAGUCCAUGGCUGGUCGGUGGAUGGGAUUUUAGAAAGUUGGAUUUGGAAAAUGGCAGCGGCUCUGAAGUCUCAGCAUAAACAACUCAAUGUGAUCAUUGCAGAUUGGCUUACAUUUGCUCACCAGCACUAUCCCAUUGCUGUACAGAACACACGCUACAUAGGACAGGAGAUAGCAGACUUUGUGGAAUGGCUGGAGGAAUCCAUUCAAUUUUCCAGGAGUGAUGUUCAUCUAAUUGGGUACAGCCUGGGAGCUCAUGUUUCAGGGUUUGCUGGUAGUUACAUCAGUGGUACAAACAAGAUUGGAAGAAUUACAGGCCUUGACCCUGCUGGCCCCUUGUUUGAAGGAAUGUCACCAACAGACCGAUUAUCUCCAGAUGAUGCAAACUUCGUAGAUGCCAUUCAUACGUUCACUAAACAGCACAUGGGUCUCAGUGUUGGCAUCAAACAGCCUGUGGCCCAUUUCGAUUUUUAUCCCAAUGGAGGCACCUUUCAGCCUGGCUGUCACUUCAUGCAUGUGUAUAACCACAUUGCACAAUAUGGGAUCACAGGUAUCACUCAAACUGUGAAAUGUGCCCACGAGAGGUCAGUUCACUUGUUCAUUGACUCCCUGCUUCACGAGGACAAGCAAAGCACAGCGUACUGGUGCAACGACAUCAGCACUUUUGACAAAGGAUUGUGCCUCAGCUGUAGGAAGAACCGGUGCAACACCCUGGGCUACAACAUACGGGAGGAAAGGCUCCCAAAAAGUAGAAAACUCUUUUUGAAAACAAGAGCACGCAUGCCUUUCAAAGUCUAUCACUAUCAGUUCAAGAUCCACUUUAUAAAUGAAAUCCAAGGCAAGAAGAUAGACCCAAGUUUUACCAUGUCUCUGACAGGCACUAAGGACGAUGCUAAAAACCUGCCCAUCACAAUAGUUGAAGGAAUUAAUGGGAAUAAAACCUACUCUUUUCUCAUCACACUGGACACUGAUAUUGGUGAGCUACUAAUGAUCAAGUUUAAAUGGGAAGGAACUGCAGUUUGGAAAAAUAUCUGGGACACGUUUCAAACCAUAAUACCAUGGACAAAAGGCACUCAUCGACCAGGGCUCAUAGUGAAGACAAUACGAGUGAAAGCAGGGGAAACACAGCAAAAAAUGACAUUUUGCUCUCAAAGUAUUGACAACAUUCACCUUUAUCCAGCCCAAGAGAAAACAUUUGUGAGAUGUGAAGAUCGAUUUCGGCAACAAGAGCGAAAGUGAACAAGAAGAAAAACCAACUAAUAAGCAAAACAUAUUAAAAAUAGCACACAUCUAGCAGGAUGUUUUAAAAACACUUAGAGAUACUAAGCACAAAUCUACAAAUUCCGGUGGCUUCAGAGGUGAUGAAGAGAAUACAAACAAAUGUAAAUUCUGCGAUGCAAUGGUAAACUGAAAGGCACUGUGCUGAUGUGCAAGCCUACUCUCAGUGACCAAUGAGCAACUUUAUUGACAGCAACUGUUAAUUUUAAAUUAGUUGAAGUCUGAAAUAAUCCUUGCUGGAAAUCAAAACGCUACUAUUUGAAAUAAUCACUGAUACAUCUCUUUGCAAGAAGGAGUUUCAUUUCCAGUUAAAUACUUUGAAUCAUCAAUAGUGAAAAUCCAUUAAAUAUUUCCUAAAUUAUUUCAUAGUGCAGAUGGAGUUCAACAGUAAACAUACUCCAAGAUGGGCAACACUGUCAACAAAAAGUCUGAAUUUCUGAUUUGAUGACUUUCAAAACUAGAAAGCAUCUCAAUGUACAGAAUGCUUGAGCUAUUCCUUAUGACUAUAUGGCAAGGAAAAUAACUACAUCACCCCAAAAAGCUAUGCCUUACUGGAAAAUGCUUUGCCAUUUAGCCGUUAUAGUGUACUAAUUUAAAUCAAUAGUAAUUUAAUAAUGCUUCACGUACCACUCACCACUGUGGCACAAAGAAGUUCUGUUAACUUGCGUGUGAAAAUCAUAUUUACUUGUUUGUGUAACACUUGAAAUUUUUACAUUUUAAAUUGCUGUAUAGCAAAUCUUACUAUCAUUUUAAACUGCAUUAAUAAAUGAAAAUGGUAAAACUUUUGUCCUCAGUGCAUAUAAAUAGAUUUAAAGAAUUAAAACGUACAAAAUUCCAUUGUUUUCCAUAUUGGAAUAUAAACUACACAAAUAAACUGUCAUCUCAGAUCAGUCAUGUUUUAUGCUUACAGGAGAGCAUAACUAAAAUAAGUAGAAAUAAGUUGAAAGUAUUUCAUUUGUCACUGAGUAACUAAGUACAAUAAUCAUUAAAAAUUAUGUUUCUGUGGCUAUUCUGAAUGUAUUUGUUUUAAAUGUUCUCUAAAUUUGAAAACAGUCACAAGAACUGAUAUCAUAUCAAGAUACUGAAGGAAAUUUGGAAUCAAAAUAAUUAGAUGUUACCAGAAUUAAAGUGAGAUGAUUUAAAAAGCAUAAGGAAUGAGCAGAGCAGAACCAGGAAUCCUGCAAGCAGCUAACCAUCAUCAAACAGCGAAUGCAGACAACUUUGCUGAUCAUAGUAACUCCCAGAAUGGUAACUCCUAACUUUUAAAAGCUGUUUUCAGUAGCUAACAUCCAUGUAAUUAAACAGGAAUAAUCAAUACAGAAAAAGGAAGACUGAAAUAAAGACCUCAUAACAACCACCCCAGCUGGUGAGACAGCUUCUGAUGAGAGUUGUAUGACAUAAAACACACACAUUCUCACAGCUUUUUAGGUUAUGGCUUUCCUGUAGCAACACACCCCAACACACUUGGCACGUUUUAGGCAGUAAAAUUAGCCUUUAAUAGCACUACUACUUAUGUGCUAAGAAGGUUGAUACAGGGAUCCUCUAUAAAGAAGUUUAAAAGCAUUAGUCCAGGAGAAGUGGGUGAAAAAGUCAAAGAUGUCUACAGUGUGCUGAAGCCAAAGAGCAGCGAUACUGCAGCCUGGGGACUUCUCUGGGGAAAAAACAUCUUUCAGUUCAGAGGUAAACAAGGUAUCUCCUCAGGUAACACACCUUGAAAACUUCCCUUCAGCCGAACAGAAAAAUUAAGAGAACAUUCAGUAUUUAAACUCUUGAAGAUACAAAUAAAUUUAUUCUGAUAUCGUUUUUCACAAUUUAGAUGUUCAAACUAGUCCUGUGCCAAGUAAAUCCUAUGUUUUUGAUAGCUGUUAGACUAAUUUCUGAUUUAAAAAUAAUAAAGCCUAUGUGGCAGCAUACACCAACUGCCUGGCAAUGCCAGAAGGCCAUAGCUACGAUUCCAAGUAGCUAUAGCAGUGCCUCACAUCGCGCUCAAACUGUUGUUAGGUCAUUAGAAUACUGAACUGAGACCCUGACAGCCUCACAAGUCUGCUCCUGUCAGAGGAAGCACAGUUGAGAGUAGCAUAAGGACUGCUGAGCCUUUAAUCACCUGUGUUAUAAUGAGCCACCAAUGUAACAUCUGAGGCAAAGCCUGUGCUUUGUUCUCUCCCGCCUUCCCAAAAAGCAAUAUUGGAACAUUAAUCAAAGGCCAAACUACAUCACUGGUUUCUGAUCUGUCUGGUUUAAAUAAAAUGAAAUUUCAUGGUA